CUAAAUUGAAAAUGUGGAAAUCUGUGUGCGUUUUACUCUAUCUAUGCGCCGUAUGCAAUGCAGGACCAUUAGCCGCCUACCAGAAAAGAAAGACAACUCCUGCGAUGGCAAGAGAGGAUCCAGCGAUAGCCGUGACACCCGCCGAGGAAGUAGAAGUGACCGAAAUGGAGGAGUCAGAGCCAAGUCACGUCCAGGAAGCCAAACCCCUCGUCCCGUCCAGCACUCUGACUUUGCCCAGUAAUGCGACAUCGAUUCGCGCCGAUAUAACCGAUAACUUCUCCUGCACGAAUAAGACCUAUGGCUACUAUGCCGAUGUGGAGAACGAUUGCCAAAUUUUCCAUGUCUGCCUGCCGGUGACCUAUGCCGAUGGCAAAGAGAAUAUCUUCCGUUGGAGUUUCAUUUGCCCCGAGGAAACCAUAUUCAAUCAGGAAUCCUUCACCUGCAUGCGUCGUGAGGAUAUGACCAUUGAGUGUGAGGACAGCUAUCGUUACUAUGAGUUGAAUGGUAACUUUGGUGCCCCAGUGGAAGAGGAGAAGAACCAGGAGAAUGAGGGUGAGUCCAAGCCCAUGGAAACUGAGCCCAUGGAGGAAGUGGCUCCAGCUGAAUCGGUUAAGCCGCAACCCGAGAUUGUCAAGCCGGUGAAAGUGGAGAAACCCAAGCGUAAGCCAAGUCAAGGACGCCCCAAGCCAGCAGUGUUCUAUAAGCAGCCCGUGCGGAAGACUCCUGAACAGGAAGUUGCCCAAGCCAGUGAGCCGUUGACUCCCAUCAAACCUCAACGAGUUUCUGUGCCUAUCAAGGAGAAACCUCUUACCCAGAGUCCGGCCCAGUCCCAAUCUCAAUCUCAUCCUAGUAAACCAGUGCGAGGAGACUUUUUCUUGACACAGCGUAAACGUAACAAGCCAUCAAGCACAACGACAACCACCACCACCACCACCAUGAAACCACUGAGAGAGGAACCCAUUACCGUGACCUUUGAAGCUAAACCCACUCUAGAAGUAGAGACCCUAUUCCAAGAACCGCAACCUGUGGUGGUCAAGAGUGAAGAACCUUUGGCCGAGGCCUCUGAGCCAGCAGUUGUUCUGGUGGCACAGCCAGAAGAGAUUCAAACAGAGGAAGAGCAAACGAAACCUGUUCAAGAUGAAGAUCAGGAGAAGCAGGAUGUGCAACUCAUAGAAGCAAUCGAAGAAAUACCCGCCGUCAUAGUGGAGAGCUUGGAAGCUGUUAAGAAACCACAGGCCGAUAAAGAGCAAGAAGACACUAAAGAAGAGUUGAAAAUAAUUGAGAAUGAGAAAGAGGAGCCCGAACAGCCCGAGGAGGAGAAAGAGAUUGAGGAAGAGAAGGAAGAACCAGCUAAAGUUCUGGAAAUUACCAAGGAACCGGAGCAAACGCCCUUGGAACCAGCCAUUGAGGAAUCCACCAACUCCCAAGAAGAGUCGAGCAAUCAAAUUGAAGAGCUUGAGGCACAGAAACCUCAAAAUGCGCCCCAAAGUAUGCCAGCAACUGAGGCCAUGGAACAGCCAAAUCCCUUGGUAGAUGAAAUUCUGAAUACCGACAGCCCCAACAAUGAAGCCCAGCAAUCUCUGGGUGGUUUCAAACCAGUCGAUCCUGUCAUGGCAGCCGAGGCCGAGCAAUUGAUCACCGACUUUUUGAAUACCCUUAAGAAAACGGAAGAGAAAACCGAGACUGAGUUAGCCAUGGAGAUGGCAGAGACCCUGGAUAAAGAGGACAAAGAGAAACCACACGCACACGAGGCGGAGGGAGUAUCGGUUGAAGAGCUUAAAUUGCCAGAACCCGAAAUUGUCGAUAAGAAUGCCUCCGUAGAGGAGCAGCUUCUGGAGGAGGAACAGAAACUGAAACACGAUUCACCGAUUAUCAACAUUAUGCAGUUGAGUCAUCCCGAGGACUAUCAAAUUCCCGUUCAGAUCGUCUCGAUGGAAAAAGAGCCCAUAACCGAGAUCGAUAUCAAGCCACUUGACGACAAAGAAGAAGUGCCAGCUGCCGCAGCCGAGGUGGAGCCCCAAGAGGUUCCCAUCCACAACGAUGAGAAUCAAGAGAGCUUAGCAACAGCUGCAUAUAUGCCACCGAUCAGCAUUGACGACAUCGUAGAACUAGUCAAGGAACGCCUCGAUCAAACACCAAAAACAGAACAAAUGGUUCCAAUGGAGCUAGUCCUUACGCCUGGAGCUGAGGAGCCCAUGGCCCUCAUUCCAAGCUCAGGCCAAAAUCAAAACCAGAACCAAGACGAAGACAAACAGCAGGAAGCCUCUUCCUCUCCGAUUGAGAAGGAGGACAUCAUUUUACCCAUCUAUAAACGGAUUACCAAUGCCGAUUUAGCCAUGGCAAAUUUGCAAACUUUGCCGGUUACCUCCAGCAAAGGGGACACGGAAACGGAACCGGAAAAGCCAUUAGAGCCCCAGCCAGAGGUGCGUGAACCAAAGUCGAAACUAAAAAUGGAUGCUCGCAAGCGUCGUUUCCUUUUCCGUGCCGAUGCCAGCUAAAUUAACUCAACGCCUGUGACUCUCCUCGUUCUCAUCCCGCCCAU